AGUGGCUGGCUGAUAAACCCUCCCCCUCACAUACACGCGCCCAACAGAUGCAGCUCUGAAAAUCAGAAAGCUCCCCGGAUCUAUGGUCUCGAGGAUUCCCAUCUGUCUCCAAUCUCACGAAGUCUAUCGCAGUCCUCAAACUUGAAAUUUAACAUUUUGUUCUGCCAUACAAGUCCGCCAUCAUGGGCCUGCUCCAAAAGCUCACUAAACCUUUCAUCGAUAUAUUCGUUCUUGUUUGGGAUUUCAACCUUUUAUUGCUCAAUUUCGUACUUCCUUCAUACAAGCCUGGUCAUCUUGUACCGGAAGGACAGGCCGGGCACGGCGGUAAAUGGCCCGAGUACAUUCCUCCAAAGGAAGGCGAUUCUCGAUCUGCCUGUCCAAUGAUAAACGCCAUGGCCAACCACGGCAUCUUACCUCAUGACGGCAAGAACAUCUCGUUCAAAGAGCUCAACACCAAGCUUCGACAAACCUUCAAUUUCGCGCCCUCGUUCUGCUUCUUUGUCCCGAAAUUCAGCGCUGACUUCCUGGACCGCUCAUACUGGGGUGGACGAUUCGAUCUCGCAGAGCUGAGCAAGCAUAACGCCAUAGAGCAUGACGGUAGUCUCACGCGACAAGAUGUGGCGAUUGUCCCAGACCAGGCGAAGCCAGAUCUCGAGCUUGUUGAUCAACUCUUGAAGGAGGCUACUGGUACUAUGCCAGAUGGAUCGCCGCUACUCACUAAGAGGGAUCUUUCGCUUGCACUGUCGAAGAGGAGAUAUGCGGCCAGGAAGUCAAACCCAGCUUACACAGAGAGCUUCUUCCACAAUAUGUUUGGUAGUUCCAACUCUUCCACGAUGCUCACGAUCUUCGGCGGUCGCGUAAAUGACCUGACGCCAAUGCUCACCGAAGAGCGCUUCCCGGAUAACUGGGAGCCUCGGAUCCUUGGACGCUUUGGUCUUACGAUGGCAGCGUUUAAUGCUACCGUUAUCCCAGUGGAAAGAGGUGUGGAUGUUAAGAAGAUUGAAGCUUCGCAUGCCGCGACUGAGGCGAAGUAGACAUGCACAUUGAGAAUGGUAAUGGAACGGAUACUGUCGUCCAAAAGAGCAUCAGACUAAUGGACCAUUGACGAAUAUAAUGAUGUUAUGUCCUAUUGACAUCAAAGAAGCGUCUUACGUGCUUUACUUGACUGGUUCGUUCUCUAGCAAACAGCUUUGAGUUUUGACUCCGAAAGUUGCGAAUAUUCGACUUUCACUGACAGUCCGCACAUUCCUCUAAUGCAG